CAACAACUCGCCCCAGAGUCGAACUUGCUCUUAGAUGCUCUGCGCGCUCUCGUCGGCAUUUUUGUACUCGUCCCGUCUUGCUGCUGACUGAAAAGUCUUGAAGUAGUGCCUUAAAUUCCCAGUCGUGUGCAAAAUUUUUAGUUGAAAUCCCCCACUGAAUGCGCUGGCCCCAGUGAGUGUUUAAGAGAGUUAGAAGUAGAGAAACUCAGGACUGACCUCUGACCCCAGCCACCGCAGCAUCAAGAUGUCGUUUCGCGUUGUGCGCAGCUCCAAAUUCCGCCACGUCUACGGCCAGGCCCUGAAAAGGGAGCAGUGCUACGACAACAUACGUGUGUCCAAGUCCAGCUGGGACUCCACAUUCUGCGCGGUGAACCCCAAGUUCCUGGCCAUCAUCGUGGAGUCGGCGGGCGGCGGAGCCUUCAUCGUCUUGCCACACAACAAAGUUGGUCGCAUAGCGGCGGACCACCCGCUGGUGGGCGGGCACAAGGGACCCGUGCUGGACAUCGCCUGGUGUCCGCACAACGACAACGUGAUCGCCUCCGGCUCAGAGGACUGUGUGGUGAAGGUGUGGCAGAUUCCCGAUGGCGGCCUCUCCCGCACGCUCACCGAGCCCGUGGUCGACCUGGUCUUCCACCAGCGCCGCGUGGGCCUGGUCCUGUGGCAUCCCUCGGCCCUGAAUGUGCUGCUCACCGCCGGCUCCGAUAAUCAGGUUGUCAUUUGGAACGUGGGCACUGGCGAAAUCCUCGUGCACAUCGACUCCCACCCGGACAUCGUGUACAGCGCCUGCUUCAACUGGGACGGCUCCAAGCUGGUCACCACCUGCAAGGACAAGAAGAUCCGCAUCUACGAUCCGCGCACCGCCGAGCUGGAGAGCGAGGCCAUGUGCCACGAGGGCUCCAAGGCCACGCGGGCCAUCUUCCUGCGCCACGGUCUGAUCUUCACCACCGGCUUCAACCGCAGCUCGGAGCGCCAGUACUCCCUGCGCGCCCCGGACGCCCUCAACGAGCCCAUCGUCAUGGUGGAGCUGGACACGUCCAACGGCGUCAUGUUCCCGCUCUACGAUGCCGACACGAACAUGAUCUACCUGUGCGGCAAGGGUGACUCGGUCAUUAGGUACUUCGAGGUAACGCCCGAGCCUCCAUUCGUACACUACAUCAACACGUUUCAGACGACAGAGCCGCAGCGCGGUAUUGGCCUGAUGCCAAAGCGAGGCUGUGAUGUCACCACCUGCGAGGUGGCCAAGUUUUACCGCAUGAACAACAACGGACUGUGCCAGGUCAUCUCGAUGACCGUGCCGCGCAAAUCGGAUCUCUUCCAGGAGGAUCUCUACCCCGACACGCUAGCGGAGGAUGCCGCCAUCACCGCGGAGGAGUGGAUCGACGGCAAGGACGCGGAUCCCAUCACGUUUUCGCUCAAAGAUCGCGUUUCCAUUGUGCAGGGUGGCUACGUGUCCUCGUCGGUGAACAAGUCGCUGCCGGCGAAGAAGGCGGGCAACAUCCUCAACAAGCCACGAGGCGGCGACGGCGGCAGCUCCGGAGCAGCGAGCAGCAGUGCGGGCAGCGGCACCUUCGCGUCCGGAAACAACAACGAGGCUAGCGAUGGCGCACCGCCGCCGGCGGUUAUUUCGGAAAAGGACCUGCGCACUAUCACGGACGAGAUCCGCAAGCUGAAGGCGAUCGUCGUCAAGCAGGAGAACCGCAUUCGCGCCCUGGAGGCCAAGGAGGACGCCCGCAACAAGAACGGAAGCGAUGCCGCGCCAGCCUCUGCGGCAUCGGCCUCCUCGGACGGCAAAGCCAGCGAAAGUGCCAACGACCACGCGUCCACAUCUGCAGCAACGGCAAAGGACGAAGACUAGGUCUGGCGAUGAAGCCAGGACUGGGCUGAUGGAAAUGGCGAAAUGGAUUGGAGGAGAGAUAGAGAACUGCUUGUAGAAGCUCGUAGUUACCGCUUAAUUUCUCUAAUGCAACAUAACGUUCAUUUCGUACGUACUAAGGGCAAAUCAGAAGCGAUGAGUUAUUGUCUAUUACGAUUAUGGUUUCGAUUAUUUAUUUUGUAUAAUUUUAAAUUAGGAAAUCAGUUGAGUGUGGCACAGAUAGGGUUAGAGAGCCGAGCUAUAACCAUUAAUUCGAUCAUUAGCGAACAGAGCUGGGCGGUCAACGUAUAUAACAUAACAUAAAACUACAUCCUGCCAAAAAUAUAUAAAAACUUAACGAACUACCUACGAUUUGCGCCCAAAAUCGAGCAGAGCGGCCCUUCGGUCAUUCUGUUGCAAUAAAAGUUUGAAAUUGUUGUAAAUUUAACAAAGGCAAAUCAUAGACUAAACCUCAAUCACAUAAGAGUUAACAUUUACCUACCAAAUUUGUACGAGCUCCUUUCUAUAACGUCUGUAUAUUUGUACGUCCCAAAAGUUUUCAUGACAAUAGUUGAUAGAUUUGAUACUGUUCAUCCUAGCUGUGGCCCCCUUAGGUAGCCACUUUUCACUGCGAAUUGUCGUGUCAAACAUAACGAAUUUAGUAAAAAAGUGACGGGGGCCACUGGACUUAAUUCGUUUUCAUAAUCAAAAUUCUUGUUCAAACUAAUGUUAAGCUGUAUUUUGAAAUAAUAAGAAUAACAAUAAAUGCAACAAAACCAGAAAGAAAAUGAGAAAUCAACGAAUACAUUUUUAUAAAAGGUUUAUUUUCAUUUUAUUUUUUUGUUUUAUUUUUAGUAGUUUUGUUGAAAAGAAUGGUGUUAUGCUGCAGAAAAAGAGAAUGGGAGCGUCACUAAAUGCCUACCGAUUUUGUAAACCUAUUAAAUUGUAAAACUCUGACUAUAUACACUUACAUAAAUACUCUAUAUACAAAUAAUUUACAAUUUGAUACGGAAUAAAACAAUAUACAAACAAUGCCAGAAAAA